AUGAUAAUAAUAAUAAUAAUAAUAAUAAUAAUAAUAAUAAUAAUAAUAAUAAUAAUAAUAAUAAUAAUAAUAGCAAUGGCAAUAAUAAUUUACCAGGCACUGAACAAAUUGCGGGAGCCCAACUUAAGGAGGGGUCCGACCCUCCAGCCAAAUGCCCAUCGGCUGUAG